CUUUCAUCAGGCCAUAGGCUUGUGUGCCACACGAAGCCCAUCUUCCAAGUGCUAAGGGUUUUGAUUAUCCUAUAUGUAGGCCCUAUAUAUAUAUGUAUAUCACUUCGGUUGGAAAAUGUUCUUGUCCAAGAUGUAAAAAAGUAACAAGACCAACUCAAAUAGAGUGAGAAUUUAAAAGAAUUUUAACUGGACACUAAAAAUGGGUGACACAAUAACUGAACCACCUCCAUUAGAGAAUGUAUUGUCCUCGGGUCAGAAUUACCAUGGAGACGAAAUCAAUUUAGAGGACAUAUCAGAUACUUUGCUGAUGGAUGAUAAUGCUGAAAUAGACGGAGUUGGAGAAGGAAAUUUGAUUAUAUCAAUGCCGAAUAAUUUAACAGACGAUUUGUCAGAGGAUUUACCUCCGUACACCCCUGGUGACAGGUACAUAACGGAUAAUACUUCAGUUAACAGUGAUGACACUGCUAACGGAAAAGUUAAUGGAGACUUGAAGGUUAAUGGAACGGUUAACGGCGAUGUUGAUGUUAACCUAAGUGUUAACGGGAAGGUUGACUUUGAUCCGGAUGUUGACAGUGCCAAAAAAGAUGACGGCGGUGAUGAUGGAGAUGACAGUGGGAGUAAAAAGGAUGAAAAGGAAAAAGUUGAAAUAAAAAAAGUGGGAGUGCUUGAGUUGUUUCGAUUUCACGACAAACUAGACAUCCUACUGAUGUUCCUUGGGGCUCUGGGGUCUGUGGGCCAGGGUGCCGCCUUUCCCUUGAACCUUCUCAUCUAUGGCCAAGUGGCCGACUUCUUCGUCGGCGAUCAGAUGAUGAAAAACAAUGCGACAACUGCGCAAAAUUACACAGUCAACAUGUACAGUUUGAUCUCGCCAUUCUGUGUCUAUUUCGUGUACGUUGGUAUCGGCACUCUCGUCAUGUCAUACUUGUCGAUUGCAUUCUGGAUGUGGACUGCGGAGCGACAGACCAAGACCAUCCGCAGACUCUUCUUCCAUUCUAUCCUGAAGCAGGAGAUUAGUUGGUUCGACACACAUCAGAUUGGCGAGCUGAACUCCAGACUUGCUGAUGAUCUAAACACCAUCCAUGACGGCAUUGGAGACAAAGUCGCCCAGUUUCUUCAAGGCAUCACCACCUUCAUUGCGGCAUUCGUCCUCGGCUUUGCAAAGAACUGGGAGUUAGCUCUCAUCAUGCUCUCGCUGGUACCCUUCGUAGGAAUCACUGCUUUUGUCAUGACUCGACUUCUUCAAGGAUUCACUCAGAAGGAAUUGAAAGCAUAUGCCAAGGCAGGAGCUGUAGCAGAAGAGGUGCUCGGUGCGAUCAGGACGGUGGUGGCCUUCGGUGGCGAGAAGAAGGAGAGUGACAGGUACAAUGAAAAUCUGACCGAAGCCAAGAAGAUGGGCAUCAAGAAGGGCAUAAGUGUUGGCUUGGGCCAAGGCGUGAUCUGGUUUGUCAUUUUCAGUUCCUUCGCCCUGGCCUUCUGGUACGGUGCCAAGAUGAUUAGGGAGGCGAGGACCACUGCUGGCGUAAUUUUACAGGUGUUCUUCGGUGUCCUCAUUGGUGCCAUGGCCAUCGGCAAUGCCCUGCCUCACUUAGAGGGAUUCACUAACGCACGAGCCGCCGCAGCAUCAAUCUACGAGAUCAUCGACCAAGUGCCAUCUAUUGACAGCAGUUCAGACGAGGGCGAAAAGCCAGAGAUUGUCGGAAAUGUGGAGUUUGAUGACAUCCACUUUCGGUAUCCUGCAAGGCCGGAUCAAAAAAUUAUGCAUGGGUUUGGUGUUUCGGUGUCCGUCGGGCAGACUGUGGCGUUCGUCGGACCAAGCGGAUGUGGUAAAAGUACCACAAUGCAACUGCUACAGAGGUUCUACGACCCCGAGGACGGUGUGGUUAGAAUUGAUGGCCAUGACAUCCGUGACAUGAACGUGAAAUGGUUACGUCGACACAUCGGGAUCGUUAGUCAGGAACCGAUCCUCUUCGCGACGACGAUUGUCGAGAAUAUUCGAUAUGGACGGAACGAUGUCACCCAGGCUGAGAUAGAGCAGGCAACGAGAGAGGCGAAUGCUUAUAAUUUCAUUAAGGAUCUUCCUGAUGGGUUUGAAACUCUUGUCGGUGAGCGCGGUGCCCAGCUGAGCGGUGGCCAAAAACAAAGGAUAGCCAUUGCGAGAGCGUUGGUCAGAAAUCCUAAAAUCCUGCUCCUAGAUGAAGCGACGUCUGCUUUGGAUACAGCCAGUGAAAGUGCUGUGCAGGAGGCAUUGGAAAAGGCAAGCAGAGGACGUACCACCAUUGUGAUAGCCCAUCGCCUAUCCACGGUACGUGAUGCCGAUGUGAUAUUCGGUAUAAAAGAUGGCCAGGUGGUGGAACAGGGGAACCAUGAUGCGCUGAUGGUGAAGGAAGGGUUGUACUUCAAUCUCGUCACCAGCCAGAUACGGGAAGAAAGCAAAGACGCAGAAGCAGCUGAUGACUUUGAUGACGAGGAUUCCAUCCAACUGAAACGUGGUUUAUCCAGACAAAGCAGUCAUUUUAAGAGGCAAGGAUCUUCGAAUAAAUUUGGUCAGCGAGGCAGCUUACGUCGGUUGAACAGCGCUGUAUCAGAAUCAGGAGAUGAGGAGGAGGCUGACGCUAAAGAAGUUCAGGAAGAAGACGUGCCAGAGGUGUCGAUAAAACGAGUUUGGGCGAUGAACGCCUCCGAGUGGCUCUUCAUUAUGAUUGGUUGUAUCUCGGCAAUAUUCACCGGAGGUGUCCAACCCGCUUUUGCGGUUGUCUUCAGUGAAAUUCUUGGGGUCUUUGCCAUUGUUGACAUGGAUUUGCAAGCCCAGCAAUCCCAGCUGUUCGCUAUUAUCCUGGUCUCCAUUGGCGCGACCGUGGCCAUCUGUCAUUUCCUGCAGAGCUAUUUCUUUACGUUGUCCGGUGAGCAACUGACAGAGCGGCUGCGCCACUUGACGUUUAAAGCUAUGUUGCGCCAGGAGGUCGGGUGGUUUGAUCUUCACGAGAAUCAAGUUGGGGCGCUGUGUGUAAGACUGGCAUCAGACACAUCAUUAGUCAAAGGGGCAACUGGUAAUAGAGUUGGCACUAUCAUCCAGUCGAUAGCCAACCUAGGAACUGGUGUCGUCAUAGCAUUCGUGUUUGGCUGGAAGUUGACCCUUGUCGUGCUGUGUUUUAUGCCUCUCCUGGCCGUCGGAGGUUUCCUCCAAGUUCGAUUGUUACAUGGCUACGCCAAGGGCGACAAGAAAAAAAUGGAAGAAGGUGGAAAGAUUGCAACUGAAGCCAUAGAAAAUGUGCGGACAGUUGCCACUCUUGUUCAGGAGGUGAAAUUUGAGGAAAUAUACAACAAUCAUUCAGAGGCUGUAUUCUUAGCUGGUACCAAGCGGGCGCACGUCUACGGCAUAGCCUACGCCUUCACACAGAGCAUCAUCUACUUUGCCUACGCAGCCGCUUUUGCUUUCGGUGCAUUCCUAAUUGACGAAGGUGAAAUGAACUUCAUAGAUAUUUUCAAAAUUUUCUCGGCCAUUACGUUUGGUGGUAUGGCUUUUGGACGAGCUAGUUCCAUGGCACCCGAUUAUACCAAGGCCAAGAUCUCAGCUGCCAAGAUCUUCCAACUUCUUGACAGAGAGCCCGUUAUUGAUGCAUACAGUACUAAUGGUGAAACAGUGUCCGAUUCAGAUUUCAAGGGUGAAGUCUCCUUUGGCGAGGUGGAGUUCACCUAUCCGACUCGACCUGGUACACAGAUUCUGCGAGGUCUUACAGUGUCGAUCAGUCCUGGUCAGACUCUGGGCUUGGUCGGUACUAGUGGCUGUGGGAAGAGUACGACAGUGCAGCUUGCUGAGCGGUUUUAUGACCCGUUUGGUGGAAGUGUGACUGUGGACGGUAAGGAGAUUCGGAGUUUGAACCUCCAGUGGUACAGAAGCAAGUUGGGAAUCGUCGCCCAGGAGCCAGUGCUCUUCGACGCGAGCAUCGCCCAGAACAUUGCAUACGGCGACAACACACGCAAAAUCCACAUGGAUGAGAUCAUCGAAGCAGCGAGGAAGGCAAACAUUCAUUCGUUCAUUCAGAAUUUGCCUGAUGGUUACGAAACAAAUGUUGGCGACAAAGGAACACAGCUGAGCGGCGGUCAGAAACAGCGAGUAGCAAUCGCUCGUGCUCUGAUACGAAAGCCGAAGAUCCUAUUGUUAGACGAGGCGACAUCAGCUCUAGAUAUGGAAAGUGAAAAGGUCGUCCAAGAGGCCCUCGACAAGGCCCAAGAAGGACGAACAUGCAUAUGUAUCGCUCACCGUCUCUCCACGAUACAAAACGCAGACAAGAUUGCUGUAAUCCAUAAUGGGAAGGUGAAGGAAAUCGGAACGCAUAGUCAACUAAUGCAAGAAAAGGGGGCCUACUAUAAUUUACAAAUGGCACAGGCUAGACGACGGAACACUACUGUGCCACAGAAUUGAAGAAACGUUACCUCUUUUGAUAGUUGGGGCGCUUGGCCCGUUAUAGACUCAUUGAUUGAGAAGUUAUAAGAGGACAAUUAUAGAAAUUUAUGAUGGGAGAUUUGAUAUAAAACUUGUCUGUGAUAUAUUGGAAGCUUUUACCUGAGUAGGCUUAGUCUAUUUUCAAAAGACACUUCUCUGAACUGGGGUAAGCACCCAGUCAUAUAUUUUUUGUACGUUGUACAUUUUUUAACAGAAAUAAAAAAAGGCUAAAA